AUGCCUCAAUACACAUCGCGCGAUGUCGGCGACCCGUCGCAAAUCAGGAAGAACAAGCAGAGCAUGGCCGACCUCAAGCUCCGCCGGCUUACGGAGCUCAAUUCGCGACUACGGGAGGACCUCGAGCGGGAACGUAUCCCCGUGAGCCAGGCCGCUAAAAGCAUUAUCGCCUACUGCAACAGCACCCGAGAUUACAUGGUGCCUAGCGUUUGGGGUCAGGUGCCCAAGGGAGAUGAUCCGUACGCGCCACAACAAAACGGCGGGUGCUGUAUCGUUAUGUAG